CCAUGUUCUCUCUCUCGGGGGGCAGAGGAGGCGCUUGUCCGUGCGUAUGUGAACGGCACCCCGGCGUGUUUGGAUGCAAAGUCAGACCACAGACUGACAGCUCGGUGCUCGAAAUGUCGCGUCUUUUUGGGAGAUAAAGCCCGUUUGUGUGCGACGGAGCUGCGGACAGCUGGCUGAGCAGUGCGGACAGGGACUCCAGGGAGCGGGUUUAAUGUUUUUUUUUUUUUUUUGUAUUUGUCGCCAAACUGGGUUACUGACCUGGAUGGUUGGUAUUAUUCCUCUUGCUCGGAUGCAACCCACACGCCCAUGCGACGAUGUGAGUGGAUGUUGCUGCCCUCAGUGUCCAGGUUAGGUUACAGUAGACGUUGAAUGUUUACGUAUUGAAAUAAGGCUGUGAGGAGCGGAGGACGCAGACGGUGACUGGACGUCUGCAGCAUUUUACGCGCGUGGUAAAUAACCAAAUAAUUAUUACAAUUAUAAUUAUUAGUAUUAUUAUGAUGAAGAUAUUUAAAUAAAUGGACCAUGGAGCCGGUGUGGAUCAUCGCCUCCAGUCGGAUCUGAGACACUGUAACGCGGCGCUGCCUCUACCAAACCUCCGCUGACAAUAUUAUCCGUGUGAUGCUUUGGACAUUUGAAUAUUAAAAAAAAAACAACAACACUACUGAUUGUUGAUCUGAAACUAUCCAUCGCGUGCUGGAUGAUGAGAAAUGCUGGCGUCCCUUCCCUGUCUCCAGUGAGGAGGAGUUCCUGCUCUAACCGAGGACUCGACACCAUCACCAUCACAAAUGUAGCCCAGCAGAGGCGACUGAACCAGGCCGCUGCACAGAGACGGAGGCCGGUUUGUUGUGCUGCUCACACACGGCUGGAUGCUGCAGCUGAACAUGGAGUCACUCAUUGAAUACCUGCUUGUUUCUGUGAUUCCCCAGCUGUCUUAGAAAAAAAAAUGGACGGGGCCGUCUUUUAUGUAGGGUUUAGCCUGGACCGGCUUGUCGGGAUGUAGGGCGCAUGUAUCGGCGGAUAUUCUCCCAACGCAGUUUACACUAGCAGAGAUGAUCAUGGAGAUGGCUGGCGGGGGAGGUGCAUCUACCCUGGGCUGCUGGAUGAGAAAUAAUGAGGAGCUCUGCUCAGAGGAUUUUACUCAGCUCACACACAGACUGCGGUUUUUAUUGGCAGCCUAAAUAGUCCAUAUUUCAUGUUAGAAUAAAAUCAGUUUUGGGUUUAUUGCCGAGUGUCUCUGAAGCUCCCAGAGUCCAGACGCUUGUUCUCAAUGGUCAGAGGAGGGUUCUCAUUCAAAACUUCAUUUAGUUUUUGUUAUUUUUUUUUGUUUUGAAGUAGGUAACUGUUCAAGAAUCAAGUGAGAUAAAUAAUGUGUGUACUUCAUGCCACACUCACUCGCUGAUCAGAGAAGACAUCACACUGAAGGCAUCUGCUGUUUCUUAGAUGAACACAUCUCCCCGUGGCAGCUUUCUAAUAGACACAAUUGUGGAAACAGUCAAUUAGUUUUUCGGUGGGGGGCUCCGCUGCUCUGCUGAGUGUCAUUGUCUGACCUGAUGUAGGCCCACAUUGUCCCCGAGUGAACUUGCCUUUGGGAAUACAUGUUACUUACACACUGCGUAGCAACAGCACAGCGGCAACCGGUGACAGGAUUUGGCACAGUUUCAGCAGCGAGAUGUGGUGAUGGGGGAGAGCAGUUGAUCCCCGCUCCCCCCCACUGGUGGUCGAGGACGCCUCGUCUCUGUCAAUGGGCCCUGUAUGGAUUUUGCGCCUGAGUUGACAGAGGGCAGACCUGCAGCGUCAAACACAUGAAUCCAUACGGCAGAGCGAGCAGCACAGCAGCCCCCCUGUCCUGCACCAGCUGUGGGGGCUGCUGCUCCCCUCCUCCCCCCUGUCUAAUCCCGCCUGGUCCCCCUUCCUCUACUACCUCCUCCUCCUCCUCUAUUCCCCCGAAUAUGACCCCCCCGCCGCCGAUGUUCCCGGCCCCGGUCGUGCAGGUGGAGAAUGGUAGCAGCUGGAAUUCCUCCAACAUGUCCUCCUCCCCAGACUCUCACCCUGGUCACCGCUGCGGGGCCAACAACCCCAACCCCUACUGGACGGCAGUGUUCGACUACGAGGCCACAGCAGAUGAGGAGCUGACCCUGCGGCGCGGGGACCUGCUGGAGGUUCUCUCCAAAGACUCCAAAGUGUCUGGGGAUGAGGGUUGGUGGACAGGCAAGAUCCAGGACAAGGUGGGUAUCUUUCCAAGCAACUAUGUCACAAAGGGGGACACUGCCAACUACCAGCAGCUGACCGCAGGAGGGCUGGUGGCAGGCAGGGUGGGCGAUUGCCCCCUGGAGAUAGACUUCUCAGAACUGCUCCUGGAGGAGGUGAUAGGAGCUGGUGGGUUUGGGAAGGUGUACAAAGGAAUAUGGCGGAGAGAAGUAGUAGCAGUAAAGGCUGCCAGGCAAGACCCGGAUGAGGAUAUUAGUGUCACGGCGGAGAGCGUGAGGCAGGAGGCCAGGCUGUUCUGGAUGCUCCGGCAUCCCAACAUAAUUGCUCUCCGUGGGGUCUGCCUGCGGGAGCCCAACCUGUGCCUGGUGAUGGAGUACGCCAGAGGGGGGGCCCUGAACCGAGCACUUGCUGGAAAGAAGGUUCCUCCGAAGGUUCUGGUGAACUGGGCGGUCCAGAUUGCCACUGGGAUGGACUACCUGCACAACCAGGCAUUUGUACCCAUCAUCCACAGGGACCUGAAGUCCAGCAACAUCCUCAUCCUGGAGCCGCCGGAGGGGGACGACUUGUGCGGGAGGAUCCUGAAGAUCACGGACUUCGGUCUGGCCCGGGAGUGGCACCAGACCACCAAGAUGAGUGCAGCGGGGACCUACGCCUGGAUGGCCCCGGAGGUCAUCAAGCUCUCCCUCUUCUCCAAGAGCAGCGACGUGUGGAGUUUCGGCGUGUUACUGUGGGAGCUGCUGACCGGCGAGGUUCCUUACCGGGAGAUAGACGCGCUGGCGGUGGCUUACGGUGUUGCAAUGAACAAGCUGACACUCCCCAUCCCCUCGACGUGCCCUGAACCUUUCGCUCAGCUGCUGGGAGAGUGCUGGAGCCCGAACCCCCACAGCAGACCCUCCUUCAGCAGCAUCCUCAGACGACUGCAGGCCAUCGAGCAGUCGGCCAUGUUUCAGAUGCCUCUGGAGUCCUUUCAUUCCCUACAGGAAGACUGGAGGCUGGAGAUCCAGCAGAUGUUUGACGAGCUCAGAGCCAAAGAGAAGGAGCUGAGGUCCUGGGAGGAGGCGCUGGCCCGGGCAGCGGAGGAGCAGAGGGAGCAGGAGGAGCAGCUGAGGAGGCGGGAGCAGGAGCUGGCGGAGAGGGAGAUCGACAUCGUGGAGCGAGAGCUGAACAUCAUCAUCCACCAGGUGUACCAGGAGAAGCCCAGCGUGAAGAAGAGGAAGGGCCACUUCAAGAAGAGCCGACUGCUGAAGCUCGGCCGAGACAGCAACUGCAUCAGUCUGCCCUCUGGCUUUGAGCAUAAGAUCACAGUCCAGGCGUCCCCCAGUGUGGACAAGAGGAAGGGGAGCGAGAGCACGACGCCGCCCGCCAGCCCCGGGGUCAUACCCCGACUGAGAGCCAUCCGACUGACGCCGAGCGACGGCAGUAAGACGUGGGGCCGCAGCGCCGUGUGUAAGAAGGAAGACCUGACGACCAGCAAGAAGAAGGGACGCACCUGGGGGCCGAGCUCCACCCACCAGAAGGAGAGGGUCGGCGGGGAGGAGAAACUGAAGUCGCUGGGUGAGGGAUGCAAAGUUUGGUCGUCCAGUGCACCAAAUCUGGGCAAGUCCCCCAAACAUGCCCCCAUGACCGCUGGCUUCUCCAGCCUUAAUGAAAUGGAGGAGUGCUGUGAGUUCGAGGAGUCGCCCGGGUCCCUGCAGCCCUCGGAGACCAGCAGCAACGGGGCCGUGGAGGACUCGGGGUCCCUGUGGGGCAGCCUGGGGCCCAACACGGUGUCGUCUGUUGGCAGCUCCUGUCAGGGGCCCGGAGGCCUGGGGUCGGCUGUGAGCUACCAGGACUCGCUCCGUCGCAGCAGCCAGAGAAAGAAGAGCGACAUGCUGCUGCUGGGUUGUGCCUCUCUGCUCGCGUCUGUCGCCCUCGGACAAGACCUGCUGCAGCUGGGGAAACUACAGGUGCUGCAGGACGAGCAGGACCUCAGAGAGGAGCAGCGUAAGAAGAAGGAGGGUCUCUUCCAGCGAACAGGACGUUUCCGUCGCAGCACCUCUCCGCCCAGCCGAAACCUCUCCCUCUCCCUCUCCAGACACCACGACUCAGCGCUCCCCUGCAUGGACCCGUCUCCCUCCGUCACCCUCCUCUCUCUGUCCUCUCUGUCUGACUGCAACUCUACCAAGUCCCUGCUUCCCUCCGACCCCGAAGAGUUCCCCAUGACGCCGAUGACGGGGAUCAAAACGCCGGCGGCGACGCCGGCCCCGGCCCUCAACCCGCUGUUGGACCUGCGGGCAGAGAGCUUCAAGAAGGAGCCCAACCAGUCGCUCACGCCCACCCACGUGUCCGCAGCCAUGGCGGUGAACAGAGGACACAGACGGACCCCGUCGGACGGGGCAAUACGACCCCGAGCUCAUACUCUGGGACACCACAGGACGCCGUCAGAUGGGAGCAUGCCCAUGCCUCCUCCACCCGGAGCACCACACAGGACCUCUAACAAAGGUGCACCAGACACCCUGGACAUCCCUCGCCUCCCCGACCCCUCCAUCCUCUUCCCGGUCCCUCAUCGGCGUAAAGCCCCCGCUCCGCCCAUCCCCGACCAGGAGCAUUUCCGCCUCAUCAGCCCGCUGGAGAGACCCAAGACGCUGGAGUUCGCCCCCCGGCCUCGGCCCACCCCGGCCAGGAUGAGAGCCGACCCCUGGAAGCUGGGCUCUCUCUCCCGGACCCUCAGCUCGUCGCCGGGGAGCAGCUGCGACAGCCCGCUCGGUUCGGGCGACAGCAGCGCCAGCGCCAGCACCACGCGGCCCAACCUGAUGGACAUGGACGUGGAGGGGCAGAGUCAGGACCAGACUGUCCCUCUGUGUGGACAGAGGCAGGCUGCCGCUCUGUGCGGACAACAGUACUCGUAACGUUACUGCUUUGUUUUGUGUUUUGCAUUCAGACUUGUUCCAGGACAUUGGGCUGAAUAAUGAGCCGAGCAAAGUGCACUCACUGAAAGUUUGCAAAAACGUCUUGUCGUGUUUUUAGGCACUUACUGGAAGCCAUUCCUCCCAUGUGUCCUUUUAGUGUCCUCAUAAGGUGUGAAACCCUCACAGCAAGCCUCUCUAACCUGCACGACACUGAGGGUCCUAGAGGCCUUUUUAAAAGCCUUGUAGUGUGCUCACCCACCCACCUUACCCGACACUCCUCUACCCCCUUCGGAAGCCAUUUCGACCUUCUUUCCCUCGAGACCUUCAAAAGCCAUUCUCGUACUUUAAAAAGCCACUUUUUGACUCUGCUAGCUGUUUCAUCUCAACCCACCUGCCUGUGCUUUAUGCUGUCUGUGUUUCUGCUUGCAUCUCUCGCUCCAAAGGAAAAAAAACCAAAAACAUUCAUUCACAUUUCACCUAAACGUUUGUCGCUUCAGGAGAGGAGCUGGACUGUUUAAGAGUCUUACUAGAGAGUGUCUUUGUUCUUAUUUUGCACGCCACGAACGUCUCCCAUCGUCACCUCUUCCCUCCAAGACUGAGACAGGAAGAAGCCUUUUUUCUCACUGCACUAGUGGACAAAACAAACAGAGUUUAUUUUCUCAGCGCAUCCCCACCGCAACCCGUUAGCAAAAACGUUUUUGGGUUUUGGCAGACCGGGUGUGUUUUUCUCUUGGUGUGAAUGUGUAUAUAUUACUGUACACGUGUGGAAGAACAAAAUGUAUGUUUUGGCGUUGCUGGUGCUUUUUCUUCAGUGCAUGUUACUUUACGUGUGAAUGGUUCGCUCUGUGCAGCACAUUGCUCAUCUGUUCUGUCUCUCCACACGCUGUACAUUGUUCACUAGCGCUCAGUAGCACCCUGGAUCCCGUUUCGUGCCGCUCGGAAACGGACACAUUAAAGAAGACACGCAGUGCGGAGGCUUCAGAUUCUCCUCUCGACUCGUCGUGCGACUGGUCGGUCUCUCUGUGAGCUCACGGCUGACGAAUCAACUUUUAAUCUGUGGAGUCGUUUUCUCACCUCUUGGCUGCAGGUGGUAUUUACUUGACAGUGCAAAACUUCUCGAAGUGAGUGUGUGCGAGUGUGAAUGUGUGUGUGUGUGUGUGUGUGUGUGUGUGAGUGUGUGUGUGUGUGUGUGUUAUUGUUUGUAUGGGAUGAAGACAAUCCCGUCGGCGGAAGAGUGAGCCCUGACUCAUUCUCCUCGUGUGGUUUAAGAACACUGAGUAUUUAUUAUUAAAUUUAUUGUUAUUAUCGGAAAAAAAGGAUUAAUUAUUAUUAUUAUUAUGACGAUGCUCUUCCUGGGAUAUCUGUAUAUAUUUGUUAAUAUAACAGGAAACAAAAAAAAAAACGAGGAAACUGCGUACUGAAACGUCCAUGUUGUCUCCUGUCUCAACCUGUGACAUUUCUGGGUUCAGUGAGGAAAACGUGUGAAAUGUGAUGAAUGAGAGACAAAUAAAAAAAAACAAACAAAAAAACUAA